AUGACAGACAAUUUUUAUAAUCUAUUUAAUCAGAAGGACAUGACAGCAAAAUGGGAUGGGCUAAAGGUGACAUUUGGUGCACCUUUUUCUGGAAAUAGUUUUUCCUCACUACCAAGAUCAGUACAUGAUGCUCAUAAAGAUGGUUUCAAAAAAAUAUCUGGGUGUGAUAAUAGCUCACCUUUCAGAGGUGAAAGAUAUGUUAAAGAUGGAGACUAUGCUGUUGUCUUGUUAUUUGAUAAAAAUGGUUAUAUUGCUGGUAUUCAGGCAGGGGUGAAGGUGAAUGGUUACCCAUUUAAAGAGAUAACACCACCAUUUACAAAAGAUGGAGACCGCUACUUCAUGACAGCUUAUUUUACAAAUCCAUGCAUGCACUAUUGGUAUGAUCUACAUACGGACUCCGACUGUCAUAAGAUGUUUCCAGUGUUUCUAUUAUACAAUGGUGGAAAAUUAAAUGCAUUUGGAUGGGCAAUGAUUGCUGACUUAAAAUCUCCAAGAUAUGAACAUCCUGGACAAUCAACAUUUACGGCAUUUAUGAAUGAGGUACCAACUUGUUUGAGAUCUGCACCAAAAUUAUCAACUAUGCAUAUCUACCUUACUAAUAACCCAGCUUUAGAUUUAUGUUAA